UUUAAUACCUGACCCGUAAACACAACACCCUCCUUGUUCUCCUUGCACCCCAUCCCAAACCACGUGCCAUAAACGGCGUCGUUCCGAAAACGUUUCCCAGAUUAUAAAAAACUGAAACAUUUGAAAUGCAAAAAAAGAGAAACAAAAAUGGAGUUGCUCAAAUUUUCGAAGUUUAAGCUUCAGCUACAAUCUCUCAUAACCGAAGUUCGAGAUCUCAGGGAUAGAGAACGCUCCGCCACCGAGCAACACCAUCAUCUAAUCCAGAAGCAGAAGCGGAAUGAGGAAGAAUGUAGCAGAAAGAUACAGGAGUUGCAGAGUGAGUUGGCUUCUAUUAAAGAAGAGCGCGGGAAGUUGGAGAGGAAGGUGAAUUACAUACAGAAUGAUAAUGCGAGGCUUGAAAAUAAGGUGACAGAGUUGAAGGGAACACUGAAUAGCUUGCUUCAGUCCCGGGAAAACUUUGUGAUUGCUUAUGAGGAAUCUACUUCUCAUAUGAAACGUGCAAUUGAAACCAAAGAUAGGAUGCUUAGUGUCCUCACCGAAAAGAUAAAUUCGCAUCUACUAUUAUAUGAUUCUAUAGAGAAGGAGGUGUUUUAUACCAAGCAAAUUCUAGAUAAAGUCCAAAACAUUGUCAAAGAAAAAGAAGAAACUGUGACCAGCUUGAAAAACAAAAUGGAACGGGUCUGUGCAUUUGAAAAAGAAUUUGUUGAACAUAUCACUGACCUAAGAAAUAAACUGGAAAACAAAGAGGUUGAGUCAAGAAGAAAGGAUAGACUCAUCUCGGAACUCGAAGCAAAGCUUGAUGCGUCAAAAAUUAGCAACAAUAACCAAGCUCAAAUAGAAGAUCUUCAGAAAACUUUAUUGGCAAAGGAUGCAGAGAUACAAAAUUUAAUUUCAGACAAAGAGGCACUACAUUAUGAAGUUGGAAGCUUAAGACUCAUCUUACAGAGGUUUCAGGGCACUAUUACUAAUAUGAAUGAAGAGGACAAAAGGUUAUUCUCAUCAAUUUUGCAACAUAAAGAAGCAAGUACAACAGAUAUGGAUAUAGCAGAUACAAUUAGGACGGAAGAUAUUGCUCAAAACAAUGAAGAGAAGUCUCAAGAACCUACUUGAUUGUUGUAUUUCAAGGCACAGGUUAUUUUGUUUGUCAGCCAUCUACUUUAGGCGAAAUGUCAAUCUCAAUUUUCAAGCAAGUGGUGUAUGCAUUUGUUUAGUUAUACUAAAAAUGUUUUGAGCUGACAAUGUACAUUUGAGACCAAAUGUGUUCAUAGAAUAAUUCGCUGGCUGUAUUUGUGAUGGCUUUCUUCAAUUCUUAUUUGGCAGAAAACAACUAACCACAUCUCUGACAACUGAAAGGAAGGUAUGCAUUUUUUUUUGGUUUAUUCAUGCUCCCACAGGCUGUGUAAAUUGAUGGAAAUUGGUAGAUAUGCCCAUAAAUUAUUUUAAUUUUUGUAUACUUCAAACUAUUAUUCGUUCAUUUCCCCUAAUGUCCUACUGUAUAAUUUAGUGUAGUACUGUAUAUUUUUUUGAAAAGUUGUUGAUUUAAAAGUAUCUAUAACUUGUUUAUAUUAGAACAUUAUGAGAAAUUACAAAGAACCAACUACUUGCACCCAUUUA